UGGUGCCAGCGAAACAUGCCAUUCUAUGGACACACCCAGGAUUUUGUCACUUGUCCUUCAGUUCUAACUGAACCCCUUGUCCCAACUGUGGCUUCGUCUGUCACUGCUGCUGCACCUGAAGACAGCUGCUGUGGAGUAUUGUGCUCCCACAGUGAGACUAUUGCCCUAGAGACCAACAAUCUACUGAAUGGCCCCUUGCCCUCAGCAAGCCACCCAAGUCUUAGUACCCAGGUUGCCAUGGAUCGGAUGAAGAAGAUCAAACGGCAGCUGUCAAUGACACUCCGAGGGGGCAGAGGUAUAGACAAGACCAAUGGUGCCCCGGAGCAGAUAGGCCUGGAUGAGAGUAGUGGUGGAGGUGGCAGUGACCUUGGAGAGGUCCCUACCCGUGUUGCCCCUGGGGAGCUUCGCUCUGGAAGGGGCCCACUCAGCUCUGCACCAGAGAUUGUGCACGAAGACAUGAAGAUGGGGUCUGAUGGGGAGAGUGACCAGGCUUCAGCCACAUCCUCAGAUGAAGUGCAGUCUCCAGUGAGAGUACGCAUGCGCAACCACCCACCACGCAAGAUCUCCACUGAGGACAUCAACAAACGCCUCUCGCUACCAGCUGACAUCCGCCUGCCUGAGGGCUAUCUUGAGAAGCUGACCCUCAAUAGCCCCAUUUUUGACAAGCCUCUUAGCCGGCGCCUCCGCCGUGUCAGCCUGUCUGAGAUUGGCUUUGGAAAACUGGAAACCUACAUCAAACUUGAUAAGCUGGGUGAGGGUACCUAUGCCACUGUCUACAAAGGCAAAAGCAAGCUCACAGACAACCUUGUGGCACUCAAGGAAAUCAGACUGGAACACGAAGAAGGGGCACCUUGCACUGCUAUCCGGGAAGUGUCCCUGCUCAAGGACCUCAAGCAUGCCAAUAUUGUCACACUACAUGACAUUAUCCACACGGAGAAGUCCCUUACCCUUGUCUUUGAAUACUUGGACAAGGACCUGAAGCAGUACCUGGAUGACUGUGGGAAUGUUAUCAACAUGCACAAUGUGAAACUGUUCCUGUUCCAGUUGCUCCGUGGCCUGGCCUACUGCCAUAGGCAGAAGGUGCUACACCGAGACCUCAAGCCCCAGAAUCUACUCAUCAACGAGAGGGGAGAGCUCAAGCUGGCUGACUUUGGCCUGGCUCGUGCCAAGUCAAUCCCUACUAAAACAUACUCCAACGAAGUGGUGACACUGUGGUACCGGCCCCCUGACAUCUUACUCGGAUCCACAGACUACUCUACCCAAAUUGACAUGUGGGGUGUGGGCUGCAUCUUCUAUGAGAUGGCCACAGGCCGGCCCCUCUUCCCGGGUUCCACGGUGGAAGAACAGCUGCACUUCAUCUUCCGCAUUUUGGGAACCCCAACUGAGGAGACAUGGCCAGGCAUUCUAUCCAAUGAAGAGUUUAGAACAUACAACUACCCCAAGUACCGAGCCGAGGCCCUUCUGAGCCAUGCACCCCGACUUGAUAGCGACGGAGCUGACCUCCUCACCAAGCUGCUGCAGUUUGAGGGUCGCAAUCGGAUCUCUGCUGAGGAUGCCAUGAAACAUCCAUUCUUCCUCAGCCUAGGGGAGCGGAUCCACAAACUUCCUGACACUACUUCCAUAUUUGCACUAAAGGAGGUACAGCUACAAAAGGAGGCCACUAUUCGGUCUUCUUCUAUGCCUGACUCAGGCAGGCCAGCUUUCCGUGUGGUGGAUACCGAGUUCUAAGCCAAGCUUUAAGCCACAGACCAAGGCCCCAGCAGGCAGCAGCUGGAGGGAUGCCAUACCCCUCACAGGGCAGUCCCCAUCUGUAGUCCUCCCUGUUUGUUGCCUGCCUACCUGCCUGAGCCACACUUUCCUACCAUCUUGUCCCCUGCCACCUGCCUAAACACCCAACCACCCAACCACUGGCCUGGCCUGUAAACCCAACCACUGGCCUGUCAACUCAACCAUUGGCCUGUCUGCUGGGUGCUAACAAAGCUCUCACCACUA